AUGAGCACUAAUUAAAAAUCAGAGGAGGAUAUUUUAGAUUCCAAAGAAGAAAUCUUAUUAGAUAGCAAACAGCAAAGUGUUUUCUCAGAACCAGAAUACCGUGAAUAUCCAUAAAGAAUCAUAACUUUGAUUGGAUUUAUUUUGGUAGCUAGCUCUUAUUUAUUUACACUUAAUGUAUUUAAUCCAAUUAGUGCAAACGUAUCUGAUAUUUAUGAUGUUCCACCUCUGGUAGUUAAUCUUAACUCCUUAAUGCAAAAUAUUCUCUUCUUGCCAGUCACUUUCCCUGUAAGUUUUGUGCUUGAGAAAUUUGGAAUGCGAGCAAGUGUUUAUAUAGCAGCAAUUAUCAUAUUAAUAAGUGUUUGGAUUAGACUUUUAGUUAAUGUUAAUUAUUACUAUACUCUUUUAGCACACAUAUUGAUGGGUUUAGGAUUUCCUUUCACUCAAAACAUGGUUACUAAGCUCUCUUUAGUUUGGUUCAGGACUGAUAAAAGAUAAAUGAUCACUUAAAUAUUGAUGGUUCUAACUAUGGUUGUAAUGCUAAUUAGUAGCUUGCUGCCAGGACUAUGGAUGAAAGAUUAUGAUGAAUAGGCUGAUAAGUUAAAUGGCUAUAAAGAAGGUAGAUCAAAUAUAUUUUCACUAAUGAAAAUAUAAGCUAUUGUGGUAACAGUAAUUGCAAUUGUUGGUUGUAUUAUUUUUAAAGAAAAGCCUCCAACUCCUCCUAGCUUUACUGCUGAAUAAAAAAGAGAGGAUAUGGGACCUUCUAUUAAACUUUUAUUGAAAAGUAAAAAUUACUUACUUACUUUAAUUUGUUAUGGCCUAUUUUGUGGUAAUUUCCUAGCUACUGGUGUAACCAUGUCUUUUAUUUUUAAACCUUACGGUUAUGGAAGUGAUACAGUUAGUUUUGCUGGUGUUGGAAUAGUUAUUUCAGGAAUCAUAGGCUCAGCAAUUGGAGGAAAAUUGUUCAGAAUUAAACCUAGGUUUAGACUCUACAUUUUGAUUGCUAUAAUAGGAUCAAUUACUGGAUUUGGUUUAACUCUCGUUUUUCUGCCUGUUGAAAAUAAGGUAAUGGUACUCGUUCCUUAUAUGAUCAUAGGAUUAGUUUCUUUGUAGGCUUUUCCUAUUUUCCUCGAAUUGGCCUCUGAGAUAGCAUAUCCAGUUUCAGAAUCUGUUUCAAGUGGAAUUCUUUUAGGAUCUUCUCACUUACUUGGAUUCGCUUUUGGUAAUAUUUACUCAGCAAUAUUAGGAGAUGACACUAAGGCAACUGUAACGGUUGUAUAAGUUUGUAACAUGUCCAUGUUUUUCAUCUGCUUAGUCAUUCUUAAAUUCUUAAAAGUAGAGUUAAAUAGAACUAAGGUAGAUGCUUAGCACGAAUCUGGUCUAAAAAUAGUAGAUUAAAAUGAAGAAGAAGGAGAAAACAGUAGUGACCUUACUCCAGCUGAAUAACCUACCAAAUCUGAAAUUAGCAACCCUAAUAAUAACAAUUAUAACAAUUUUUGA